UCGGUAUCUUGAAUAUCGGUAUUUGGAUCUACCCGCCACCCGGAGUGCUCACAGUACUCACUGUGCGGCGGAUGCUUGCUAGCUUGCAUAGUCAUUAUAUUAACGUCGGUGCGACAGAAAACGAAUCAAGCUUUUAAAAGAUGUCUGAAGCUGACGUUGACAACGAACUCUUGGACUAUGAGGAGGACGAUGAGCCCCAAGGAGCCCUCGAGAGUUCAACCCCGGCCAACAAGAAGGCGGUGAAGGGGUCGUACGUGUCCAUCCACAGCUCCGGCUUCAGAGAUUUUCUCCUCAAACCAGAGCUUCUCCGCGCUAUCAUCGACUGUGGUUUUGAGCAUCCAUCUGAAGUCCAACAUGAAUGUAUUCCUCAAGCCAUCCUCGGCAUGGACAUCCUGUGUCAAGCCAAGUCUGGUAUGGGAAAGACUGCCGUAUUUGUACUGGCCACCCUGCAGCAGAUUGAACCGGUGGACGGUCAGGUGUCUGUCCUAGUAAUGUGCCACACUCGAGAGUUGGCCUUCCAGAUCAGCAAAGAGUACGAGCGCUUCUCAAAGUACAUGUCCAGCAUCAAGGUGUCUGUGUUCUUCGGCGGCUUUGCCAUUAAGAAGGACGAGGAAGCCCUGAAGCAGAGAUGCCCUCACAUUGUCGUUGGCACACCCGGGCGCACCUUGGCUCUCAUCCGCAACAAGAACCUUAGCGUGAAGAAUAUCAAGCACUUUGUGCUUGAUGAGUGCGACAAGAUGCUAGAGGAGCUUGACAUGAGACGUGAUGUCCAGGAAAUCUUCAGGUUGACCCCCCAUGAGAAGCAGGUCAUGAUGUUCAGUGCCACGCUAAGCAAGGAGAUCCGCCCAGUGUGCCGCAAGUUCAUGCAAGAUCCUAUGGAGGUGUUUGUAGAUGACGAGACCAAGCUGACCCUCCACGGUCUACAGCAGUACUACUGCAAGUUGAAGGACAGCGAAAAGAACCGAAAGCUCUUUGACCUCCUGGAUGUGCUUGAGUUCAACCAGGUGGUGAUAUUUGUGAAGUCAGUGCAUCGCUGUAUAGCGCUGUCCCAGCUGCUGGUGGAGCAAAACUUUCCAGCUAUUGCCAUCCACGGAGGCAUGGGACAGGACCAAAGGUUAUCCCGCUAUCAGCAGUUUAAAGACUUCCAGCGGCGGAUCCUCGUCGCAACCAACCUGUUUGGUCGAGGCAUGGACAUUGAGAGGGUCAACAUUGUCUUCAACUACGACAUGCCUGAGGAUUCUGACUCGUAUCUCCACAGAGUGGCUCGUGCUGGCAGGUUCGGCACCAAAGGCUUGGCAAUCAGCUUCGUGUCAGACGAGACUGACGCAAAGACUCUGAAUGAGGUCCAAGACCGUUUCGAAGUCAAUGUGCCAGAGCUGCCAGAGGAGAUUGACAUCUCCACUUACAUUGAACAGUCCAGAUGAAUCUGAAGUUUCCAGUAAAGUUGACGUGCGACGACUCUGUUUCCUGUAUUUUGUUAGGGGAAAAAGGAAAGAAGCGAUGUUUCACUGCCACUAUAUGUUGGCAAGUUAAUAUUUGUUUUAUUUUAACAUGUCUUUGCUUGUUUUUGUGAGUUUCUUUUUAAACAAUGCUUGGUUAAAGAAAUAAACAUUUUAUACCUUA